AUGGAAUCCUUGAUCGGCUUGCUGGAUGUGAAGGGUCAGGAGUUGCAGUCCUCCUUCACAUACCUGGAACGGGUGCGGAUACGGAUGGGAAGUGAAGCUACAGAACGCACGCACUUUGCGGUCAUAAAAGGUAGCUGGGGUCGGGUUGAUACUGCUUUGCCAGCAUAUUCUCACAUGUUGCAGAUCAUGAGCCAGCUCAACAAGAUGUUGACAGCUCAGAGUGGCUAUGGUGCUUUGUCCCGCGCUCAGAUGUGUCAGUGUCACCGCACCAGCGGCCAAUGCUUGAGCCGCAGCCCAGUGACCGUCGUGACUUCGGCAGUGCCCACUGUGGUGAUUUCCGUGCCGGGACGUUCGGAGCAGGAGGAGAGCAACUUGGACAGGAUUAAGGUGGCAGAGCAGUGGAAAGCCAGCGAGUCCAACCAGGAAUCCACCAAGUCCGACAGAGACAAGGUUGAGGAGUUCACACUGCACCGUGCAGUGGAGAAGCUCCGGGUCUUCUACCGAGUGAUGCAAGUGGCAGCCUUCACCUUCUUUGGCGGAAACCUGGUUGGAAUGCUAAGUGAAAUCCUGUGGCGCAGCCUUCCAGCAGGGCGUGUGACGGAAGGUGUUGUGUCCGGGAUUUCCGCUGUGGGUUGGUUUCUGACCACCUCGACAACCGUGGUGAUCCUGUCCAGCUGCCCCAUUGACGAGCUUGACUUCGAUAUCUUCGUCUCUUCGAGACCUGCGGUGUGCUUAGCUCUGGGCGUCGCUUUGGCGUUUCCUAGUGGCACCCGGCUCUUCGAAUUUCCUGUGCCCCGAUACCUGGGCCUCGCGGCGUCCCUGGCCAUGAUGAUCCACGGCCUCCUGGCCCUGAAGUGCUGCCAGCGCUGCCAGCGCUGCCAGCGCUGCCAGCGCCAGGCCCGGCGCGGCGUGGAGCGCUGGUUGCCAUCCUUCUGUACACUGUUGGAGCUAUGGUUUUUUGACGUGAUCGCAUCAUCCACAGUCAAUGAGGUCGCGCUGGACGAGCCAACGUUGAUCACAAACGUUUGGCUGGCAGCGCAUGCAUCCCUAGCCCUUGGGCUAUUUAUUUGGAUGCGUUGUGUCAAGACACAGGCAACACUACGGCUCUUUGCUGCUGCCUACAUGUCCGUCAGCUGGGGAAGCAGUUUCUACGGCUGCAGAGCAGUGGACAUGGCGCUGGGGCACAAGCAAUUUGAAGAAGGACGACAACUGGAUAUAGCCAUUGGUGCAGCAAUUGCCUUUUCAUUUGUGCAGCUUUUCCCGCUGCUGGUGGUCUUUGCCGUGGGACGAAAAUGGCUCUUCAAGCAGUUAGCUACCUGGCUGGACCAUUACCGUAGCCUACAGCUUCAAGAUGGCGCCUUUAUGGCGAUGCUGUUGGAUUCCUAUGUGGUAGAAGUGGGCCAGCCUUGGUGGUUGACCAAGGACGAGUUGGCCCUGGCCACCUCCUUCUCCCUGUCCAGCUCCUUCCCUGCGCAGCUGCACUCGGACUUUGUCUUGGGGUACGUCAAAGAGGUCUCAGACGACGGCCGGAGCUUCAUGGUGCAGCUGGGCCCCGAGACCAACGCGCACGCCGCGCACGCCGCGCACGCCGAGUCGGCGCUGGGCUGGCGGAUCGAGCGGCAGCAGCAGGCCUUGCCGUGGCCCGAGCUUUUGAAGCUGGGUCGUAAGAACCUCCUUUGCUGCGAUUGGACGGCGCAAGCCGCUGAGCUCUGGCGCCCGAAUGGCCCCGCCGGGGUUCAGCUGUCCAGACCUGUGAUGCGCGGGGAAACUAUCGAUUAUUUUGUAUCACACUCUUGGUCCGACAGUCCGGAGCAGAAGUGGCGCGCCCUGCAGUUGGUGGCUGACAGUUUCUGUCGGCAUCACGGAAGAUAUCCCACUUUUUGGGUUGACAAAUUCUGUAUUGAUCAGCGAGCCCUGGCAGAUGGUUUGCGAGUUUUACCCGUCAAUGUGAUGUCGUGCCGAAAGGUGCUGUGUCUUUGCGGAAAGACAUUUCCCCGACGUCUGUGGUGUGCCUGGGAACUCUGCGUGUUGCUGUCUUUUACCUCCAUGGAACAAGCCAUGAAGCAGCUGGUGGUGGUAUCACUGAGCAACGAGGCCCUCAAGCAGCUGGCUCAUUUCGAUUGCUCCAACUCUGGUUGUCACGACCCCAACGAAGAGUACCGCUUGCGGCGGGUGAUCGACGCCAUUGGCAAGGAACGAUUUGAGAACAAGAUCCGAACACUGGGUCAAUUGAUUCUGGACCGCGAGACUGGCGGUGCGCAAGGUUUGCUGGUGCCCGAUGUGCCUGGCAUCAACCUGGCCGAUAGUUUCAGCCCCGGCAUGGCGCAGUCGAGCUGCUCUGGCUCGGUGGAGCCUGGUUUGGACGGUGAGGAGGAUCCUAUGGUGCAAAUCAGCUUCUAAUUUGUCUUUAUUUCUUGAACCCGGAAGCCGAGCCGGUUGGCAACUGAUGGUGCUCUUCCGGUUUUGAUGUGGUCUUAGCAUUUCUUAUCCAUCCUGGUGCCUGAUGCCAAGCAUCUCUUAGGCACCCAAUAAUGCUUAUUGGUGAUGCACACCCUUGCUGGACGGGGCUGAAGAUGGCUGAAGUAUACCAC